UGUUGCCAUAAAACAUUAUGUAUAAGCAAUAAAACUGCUACAGUAAAACGUAAUGUAUUUUAUGAUAGCUUUUAAAAAAUAUAGCUUGCAAUAAUAUAAUAAGAAUUAUGACAGAUUUAACAUUUUUACAGUAUUUCAUGUCACUGUUGACAUAUUUCACGACAAUGAGAGCCGUAAUUGGCGAUUUGAAUCAUUAAAGUCAGAAAGUAUGAAUUAUCGUACGCACUUACGUAAAUAUUAUAUAAUAGAUACCUACAAUGAGAACUAAUGCGAAUAAUAUAAAAUGCAUAUUUCGCGAUGAAGAAGAAUCAACUGCUGGACAAAUUCUUAUACACGUAUAUUUAGAAUCGUACAUCACUACUCGUGUGAUUUUACAUAGUGAAUGUCAUGGUAAUCUUAUCUAAUUGCUAUAUAUUGCCAUAUAAUUCACAUAUUGUCAGAUGAUAUCGUUUGGUAACAAAAUUUUGAGAAAGUUGUCUCUGGAGAAUUCUUACAUUUUCAUAAGACGUCUAAUUACCUAUAUUUUUUCUUGGCUAUUUCCACUGAUUGUUUUAAGGUAAUUGGAAUUUGUUUUAGAAUAUUAUUUCACGUAAAUAUUCUGGUUUUCUUACAUAAAUAUACGCAGUCUUUUUGUUUAUUAUUUAUAACUUAUUAAGACUGGUUGUGAGUUAAUCAUUAAUGCAUCUAUUUUUAAUUGAUUCCAUUGAUCAUCUUGACAAUACUCACUUCUACGUAUAAGAUAUGUGAUUAUAUCACGGCCAGCACGAAUGUUUUAAAAAGAAUUUUAAAUGUAUCACCAGCUAGAAAGGAAAUUUAUGGGUACAUAUAGCUUAAAUUAUAUAUACACAAUGCAUAAUAUUAAGAAGACACUACACUUAUGUAUAAUAAUAAAAAUAUCCACGAAAAAGUAAAAAGUUUGACUACUAGUAAUUUAACUUAAGAGAACAUUUAGAUUUAUAGCUAGCGGUAGAAUAAAUUAUCCGUUGAGAGAGAAAUUUAUAUUGUACAAGUUUCAAGAAUAGACUGUGCACGAAUGAAAGAGAGUUUCUUUUUUACUUUUCACUUAUUUCCACGAUCUUUACUUUUUACUUAUAUCUCAGUUUGAGUUAGAAGAUUCAUCAAUGUUUCAAUAGUGCCAGAAACAGCUGCUAUGUAACACCACAUUUCCCAUUUCAGGUUCUGCAUAUCCAAUAAAUUAUUAACGUUUUCUGCCACUUAGCGUUAGCCUACGGAAAAUAUGCAGAAGAAAACCUAAUAUCGCACGGCUAUUUUGUGUUCCUCCAAUCGAUAUUUUACAUUUCCGUAAAACUGUAAAAAAUCAUACAUCAACUUAAUUUACUUCAAUGAAUACUUUUUUUUACACUUGAGAUAACCGAUGCAACAUGUAUUAUUUUUGCGCACCUCCACCUAGCGCAUAUUUUAUAAGAAUACUGUUGAAAUAGCGUGUAUUUUGUGAAAGAAAAAUUUUCAAGACGGUAUAGACGGUUUUCAAGUCUGCAGACUUUACACUAUUCUUAUUCCCCGACAUUUUACUGCACGCUCUUGAAUCGUCGAUUGCUCGACAACAUGAGAAAUGAUUCCCAAUAAGCAAUAGUAUUUGCAAUAUAUUUUUACGUAUUCCCCGUACGUACGAUCCAUCGAGGUCAUGCCAGAGAAAGUAACGCUGAAAAAGGCGAUUGCCGUCGUAAAGUUGAGUUUGUUUGUUAUAUGGUUUUGGCCGCUACCACUGAACACUGGUAAACGCAAAGUGCUAUUCAUGAAGUUGUAUCAGUACGUCUGUAUAUUACUGACUAUAGCCGUGCUAGCGUCGAUGAUAUACGGUCUCGUGAAGAAUCUCGAUGAUCUCGAACUUGUUAUAAAGUCAUCGUUGGGUUUGUUUCCUUGUAGCCAUGUUAUUGGCAACAUUCUGUGCCACCUAGCCAUUUAUAAACGAUUGCAAUACGUUACUCUCGAAAUGGAGAAUUUUUGCGCGCUAAUAAAGCCUCAUGAAGAAGCAACUGUGCAGCGGGAAUAUGUUGACAAGUACUCCAACUUCUAUGGUUUCUGUAUAAGUUUAUUCUACAUGAGUCUCUGCGGCCUCUUCGUGGGACCUAUCGUGCUAGACGAACCGCUUCCAGCACCUGCUGAUUUUCCAUUUGACGCAUCUCAACAACCGCUAAGGGCUAUUACGUAUAUGCACCAAAUUGUGGUUGGUAUGUUCAUAGCCUCGCAUUUAUGUGUAAAUGCUUUCAUGGCGCUUUUGCUUUGGUUGACAUCAGCGAGGUUUAAAUUGUUGACUGAUGAGUUAUGUACAAUGACAAACAUCUACGAUUUCGCGAAAUGCAUCGAGAAGCAUCAACAAUUACUUCAGUAUGCAGGAGAAGUUGCCGUUGCAGUUCGUCCUUUUGCAUUGGUAACUGUAUUUUUCAGUACUGUAUCAUUAAUAGUAUUUGGCCUUAUAUUUAUUACAGGAGUAUCAUUAUCCUUGAAGAUCCAAUGUGUCUUUUUAGCGACCAGUGCAUUAUUAGAAGUAUUUAUGUAUUCGUGGCCAGCAGAACAUUUGAUUCAUAUAAGUACCAAUAUAGCACAGGCAGUUUUUGAAACUAAUUGGUAUAAGGAAUCGGAAUAUUUUCGGAAAAACUUACAGAUGGUUAUACUGAGGAGUCAGAAGCCAAUACUUGUUGUAUUGCCAUGCGGCUUGCCGUCGUUGUCUUUACGUUAUUACGCGUCGUACCUCUCAACUAUAUUCUCAUACUUCACUACAAUGCGAAUAAUGUUUGAGGAGAAAGAAUCUGGAUACUAAGUAAACAGCGUAUUUUUUAAUGAAGUAUUGGCGACAAGAAAAGUUCUCUGCACUACAAAAUGCAAAAUUAGAUUAUUCUUAUUUGAGCAGAUUUUAUUUAAAAAAUUAUGUUUCCUGCACAAUAUGUUAAAAUAUUCAAUGUACAGGAUAUAAAAACACUCGUAUAAAAAAUUCAAAAAAUUAUGUAAUAUAAACAGUAAUUUUUCAAGUAUAAAGGCAAAUUAUAGAUUAAAAUUCUAACAAUAAUAUCAAUUAUUUAAAUAUAAAUUCUUGAUCAAAUA